CUUCGGCCGGCUCGCUGUCGAGUGAGCAGCAACAGCGGCACGGGCUCCCCUCUCGAAGCAUCCGCAGCUCCGCGCCUCCGCUUGCCGCAAGUCCGCCUCUCCGCCCGCCAGCACUUCAGACGGCUCCAGCUUUUUCAUCCAACAUGACUGGUGGCCCAGCCUUGUCAUUUGUUCGGUGCCUGCUGAGGAGAAAAAUUGUCACCGGAGACAGUCUUGAAGAUUCCAAGCUAUGCCGCUGUUUAUCAACUGUGGAUCUUAUUGCUUUAGGAGUGGGAAGCACCCUGGGUGCUGGUGUUUAUGUCCUUGCUGGAGAAGUUGCAAAAGCAAAUUCUGGACCUAGUAUUGUUCUUUCUUUCCUCAUAGCUGCCCUAGCUUCUGUUAUGGCUGGACUUUGUUAUGCAGAAUUUGGUGCUCGGGUCCCAAAGACUGGCUCAGCCUAUCUAUAUACAUAUGUAACUGUUGGUGAAAUCUGGGCUUUUAUCACUGGCUGGAAUCUCAUUUUGUCCUACGUUAUAGGUACUUCAAGUGUUGCAAGAGCAUGGAGUGGAACCUUUGAUGAACUUCUUGGAAAACAAAUUGGUUAUUUUUUCCGAACCUACUUCAGAAUGAAUUAUUCUGGUUUAGCAGAAUAUCCAGAUUUUUUUGCAGUUUGUCUAAUAUUACUUUUAGCAGGACUUUUAUCAUUUGGAGUAAAAGAAUCUGCAUGGGUAAAUAAAGUCUUCACCGCUGUCAACAUCUUGGUUCUGCUCUUUGUUAUGAUUUCUGGCUUUGUGAAAGGCAACAUUAAUAACUGGAAGAGAACUGAAGAAUUUCUAAUAAACUACACUGCAGAAAUAAGAAAUCUAUCAUCUUCUGAGAAUGUGACAAGUAUAUUUGGAGUUGGUGGCUUCAUGCCAUAUGGGUUUACCGGGACGCUAGCUGGUGCUGCAACCUGCUUUUAUGCUUUCAUAGGAUUUGAUUGCAUUGCAACUACUGGGGAAGAAGUCAGGAAUCCUCAAAGGGCCAUUCCUAUUGGAAUUGUAUCAUCUCUACUUGUCUGCUUUCUGGCCUAUUUUGGAGUUUCAGCUGCUUUGACUCUUAUGAUGCCUUACUACUUACUUGAUGAAAAAAGUCCUCUCCCUGUAGCCUUUGAGUAUGUUGGAUGGGGCCCAGCGAAAUACCUUGUAGCAGUCGGAUCUCUGUGUGCUUUAUCAACAAGUCUCCUUGGAUCCAUUUUCCCCAUGCCUCGUGUAAUCUAUGCUAUGGCAUCGGACGGCUUGCUUUUCAAGUGUCUAGCUCAAAUCAACCCCAAAACGAAGACUCCACUUGUUGCAACUUUAUCAUCAGGGGCUGUCGCAGCUCUAAUGGCUUUUCUCUUUGACCUAAAAGCCUUAGUAGACAUGAUGUCUAUUGGUACUCUUCUUGCAUACUCAUUGGUAGCUGCUUGUGUUCUCAUACUUAGGUACCAACCCAGUUUAAACUAUGAGCAACCAAAAUAUUCAGCAGAAAAAGAGGCCCUUGCAGGAUCAGAAGGUGAAUGUAAAAGUGAAUCUCAAAUUAGCAUGAUACCAACAAAGAGGUUUAAUCUGCAAAUGCUGACUAAUCCAUCAAGUUUACCAACUGAACAGUCUGCUACUGUGGUGAGCCUUCUUGUGGGUCUUUUGGCUGUCCUGGUUUGUGGAUUAAGCAUUCUGACAACCCAUGGAAUUCAUUCACUUGCAAAUUUGGAGCUUUGGAGUAUUUUUCUUCUUGCGUCUUUUUUCAUACUGUUCGGGAUGAUUAUGUUUAUCAUCUGGAGACAACCUCAAAAUCAACAGAAAGUGGCAUUUAUGGUUCCAUUUUUGCCAUUCUUGCCAUCUUUAAGUAUCUUAGUGAAUAUAUACUUGAUGGUACAGCUGAGUGGAGAGACAUGGAUCCGGUUCAGCAUCUGGAUGGCACUUGGACUCCUGAUUUACUUUGCAUAUGGCAUCCGGCAUAGUAAGGAAAGCUGUCCCAAAGAGGAAGAGGAAGAUGAUGACAGCUGCUCAGAAAGAAGUGAAACCUUAGAAAAGAAGCAUAUGGGAGAUACAAGUGAACUUGAACAUGCAAGUGAAAGUGCUCAGUUUAUUCCACAUGAAAAGACAAGUGAAUGUUAGUAGUCAUUGAUAAACCCGUUGUGUGCGCUUUUAGGCAGUGAUGGCAGCAGAAUAGAGUUGCUGGUGAAAUGGUGAACUACUUGCUCCCCCCAAAUUAACAGUAAUCCACUUGUGCUUUACGGAAAUAUCUAGUAAAAUACAUGAGAGAUGAUCUAAAUUAGUUGCUAGAUAUCUCUUCCAUCAGAGAUUUACCUCAGAGGAUUACAAUCUUUAAAAAACUGAGCAAGAAAGUGAAGCGAAACAAAUUUUCCAAGGGGGCCAAUCUGACUCAUCUGUCACGUUAAAUAAGUUGGUGAUUUCCUUAACAGUAUCCUACAACUUUAACUGGCAUGUCCUAUAUAACUAAUUCUUAAGGAGCAUUUAAAGAAGAAGAGUUGAAUAUUAUGGUUUAUAAUACUGGAGAUGUAUUCUUAACUGCUUUUAAAAAUAGGGUAGCAUUGCGAAAUAAUCACACAACUACUUGAUUUCCAUCACUCUCUGUAUCUUUACAUACCUUGUUUCUAACUCAGCCACCUUUUGUGGUAUCUUCUGUAUUGUUGCUCCACAUUGCUCCUGUGAGUGAAAGGCUGAGGUUAUCCUUAGCUGUACAUUAUAUCAGAGGCAGCCUCAGAUAUAUAAACUCAGUUAUACUUUGUCAUGCAGAGUGAGGUCAGCAGUCUUGACAGGAUGAGGCUGGCAAGAAUAAUAGAAAAUAUAAUACAAUACAAUAUUGCACCGAUUUAAGGAUGAGUGGAGAUGAGCUCAAUUCAACAGUGGGGAAAGGCCCCAGAUUCAUAGAAAUUGCUGGCGGGGGAAUACACAGUUAUCUGAUCUAACUUCUGCUUUUUUGUUAUCCACAAGCAGUAUAAAUCAUGACAAUUCUUUUUAAAAAUAUUUAAGAAUAUUUGAAAUUGAUAUAUUUGAUAGAAAAUCUAGUUUGAAAUUCUGUUUAUAUCAGUUUUAUUUCCAAACUCUUCAUCCUUGCCAAUGAAAAUGAAAAACAUGGAUGAAUAAUUAAUUUAAACAAAUGAUGAAGCACUAGCAAAAUGGUACUUCUGUGGAACUGAAGUUUGCAAAAUGCUGAUGCAUCUGUUGACUUCCUAAGUAUAUGAAUGUCCUGAGCACAUCAGCUCUGCCAGAAACUGGGCUGCAAAAAUGUGCACCCAUAUAUUAAUUUGGUAGAUUAUUCAAUUAAAUAUGGGGGGGGGGUUCUCUGUUCAAAAAUUGGCUGAUUUAAGGAUGGUGAGUAGAGUAAGUGUUGAACUUGCAUGUUUUUCUGUCCUGCUCCAGUUACAAAGGAUUUGGAAUGUUUCAUUUAGGUCAUUGGCUGCUGUUUGCACAUUUCAUCCCAUUCUUAGCAGUUGGUGAUUAAUUUUAACUAAUUUAAAAUGUCAAUUUCAAACUAUGGUUUAUAAAAUAAUUUAAAUAAUCCACAGUUAAUAGGAACAAAAGUGAAACAUGAUGUUAAAUUAGAUAUGAAGAACUGUCCUCUCCCAUCACUUCAGGAGGACCAGGCAGUGCAAGUUUUGGACCUACUACCUCUUGUUCUCCUCACCAUAAAUCGUGGUUUUUCCACAAUACCCAAACAUAACCAUUAAAUUCUUCUUCCUGUCUAGGAAGCAAGUCUCUUCAAAUUCUUUUGUUAUCAUAUGUGAUAUAAUAUUUAUUAAAUUACUCAUGAAUAAAUUUUUAUUUUUGUGAUGUUUAUGAACAUCACAAAACGGUUCGUGAACGGUUUAUGAAAUAGAGAUACCAUAUGUGUGUAUAUAUUGUAUAGAGGAGAGGAAAAUGACAAACAGCUCAAAUGUUUUACAAAAACUAAAGUGUGAUAGGUCUUUCUUAAACUUUGAGAGAAUGUGCUGGUACCAAUUGCUGGCUUUUGGAUAAGAUUGUGGGUUGAUACUAUAUAAGAUGCUUAUAUAGUUAGUUUCCAGCGUAUAUCAUUUGGGAUAAGUCAAGGCACUGAAUCUACUUUAAGAAGCACCAUGUGUAAGUGACAGCGUCCCAAAGAAUUUUUUUUUUCUUGAGUCCAAGAGGGUUUAUUUCCAUCUUUCUGUUUGGCCAUGUAAUGAUUCUUUUUUAAUUUUCAGGUUCAUUUUCCUUAAACAACCAAUAAAAUGCUAACAAAGGUAAUGAAUAAUUUAAAAACCCAAAUCUAAUUAUGUGUUGCUUUAAUAUACUGUACCUACACUUGCACUAUUUUUUCCUACUUCAGCCUGCUUAUUUAUGUAUAACUUGUGAAACUAACAUGUCAUUGCAGUUUUUAGUAUGAAUAGCAGAUGUGGGAGCACGAUUUUUUUUUAAUGUAAGCAUACAAAGUUCAUUUAGCUUUCUAUGCUCAAGUUUAUAUAAUUGGAUACAAAACAUUUACAAAAAGACAUGCAAUGGGAAGGCACUUUGAAGAAACAACUGUGCUGUCAUCAUUUGGUCAUCUCAGAUAUACAUGUGAAUAUUGAAAUUCUAUCUGCAAAAGAACUAUACAUGUGUUAUUAUUUAUAAAACAGGCAAACAUACAUGGGGUUUUUAUUUAAAUGAAAUGUAGGGAAAUAACUUUCUGAAGGAAAAUUGAUAAAAUAGAGAACUAGAUUUUAAAUUUUUAGGAACUAUCUCUGGAAAAACAAACAACCUUGUGACUGAAAUUUUAUGAAACAUAUAAUCAUUAUUUAGAGUAUACAGAAUAGUUCUCCUCAACUAAUUUCCAAACUGUUAUAAAAAUAGAUGGAUGAUCGUUUAGUAUGGGAAAUGAAAGAAUAACUAAGAAGUUCUUUUUAAAUAUACAGUAGCUUUUCAAAGUAGUUACCUAAAGUUAUUUUAGACUG